AUGAGCGGACUUAUUGCAGAUCUCCAACGGGACAAUACGGCCACGUUUCAUUUCCUCGAAGGAGAAAUAGACUCUGAGCCUGGGCCGGGCAUUUCAGGUUUCUAUGACGGACCGUAUUAUAGCUACUACCGCUUUCCCCGGACGUUUUCGACCGCCGACCGUGACGAGUCCGACAUCCUAGAUGCGUACGAGCAACUGGCCGAAACGAUCACGUUGUACGGCCCUUUUGACGGCGUACUAGGCUUUUCACAUGGCGGGACGUUGGCAGCCGGUUAUCUCAUCCACCAGGCCAAAAUAUCGCCGGCAGAGGCGCCCAGGUUCCGGUGUGCGAUCUUUGUGAAUUCCUUGCCCCCCUUCCAUAUGCGCCCGGGUGAGCAUCCGGUCAUCGAGGAUGGGCUGGAUGGCUAUAUCCACAUUCCCUGUGUUCAUAUAGCAGGGGAAAAGGACCCGUUGUUUGAUUUUUCACUGGCUCUACAUCAGAAAUGUGACCCGAAAGAGUCGACGUUUGUCGUCCAUGGCAAAGGACAUGAUAUCCCAACAGACAAGAAGAAUGUGGCGAUCAUGGCGACGGCGAUCCGGAAAUUGGCUAUCAAACUGACGGGAGCUUAG